UAUAAUUAAUAAUUUUAAUAUAUUUUUAUUUUUGAAAAUACUUUAAUUUUAAUAUUUUUAUUAAUUUUAUAACCUUAAAAAUGCCGAUAAGUAAAAGUGAAAGUCGAAGAAAACGUCGAAGUGGAAAUAAUAGUAUCGAUAGUUUAUCAGAUAGCCCAAAAAGGACAAAGGUUCAUGCACAACGUAAGUUUGCACAAGGAGCUGCAUUAAUUCCACCAGUUAUAACGCAAUUUAAAGAAAUUGAAAAAGAAAAACCAAAGCCAAGUGAUGCGGUCCCCACAGAAUUAUUACCAUCGAAACGUCCGAAUACUGAAGAUUUUUUAACGUUUCUAUGUUUUCGUGGGACAGCCAUUCUUCCGCCAAGCUUGGAUUUUUUUAAUUCCAUAACAUCUCAUACAGAAACAACUGAGAAUGAUGUUAAAACUGAGACUGAAAAAGGUUCUGAACUAACAGCAACAGCUGUAAGCCCUAAUCAACCUGCUGAUCGUCCUUUCGUAGCAUUUGGUGUACGAAAACGAGCCGAUCCUUUUAUUCAAACACGUAUGGACCAUAAACGGCGACAUGCGUUAACAGUGCAAGCAUUACGAAGGAAAUAUCAAAAUCAAAGAAUGGCGAAAAUGAGGGCAAUUGCAAUCAGUAAAAUUAACGAUGAUGGUGGAACUUUUAUGAGAACAAGAUCGUCCGGUAAAGCUGUUGGGAAGUCAACCAAGAAAAAUGAUAAAAGAAAACUAUCAGUAAAAACUAAAAGCAAGGUUCCGAUCGUUACAUCACUACCAAAAACACCCAAACGUUCGGUCGUUGUUAAACGCAAUAUGAGAUUACGUAGUGGUGGAAAAAUAAUUCAACCAAAAGUUUUAUCUCCAAAAAAGAAAAUUAUAGUAAAACCACAACCACUCCCAAUCAAAAAAACAGAUACAUCAUCUGAAUUUUCUUCGGAUGAUAAUCAACCUCUAGUAAAAACUGUUGUAAAACCAACUAAAUCUAUAAAAUCAGUUAAAAAAUUAUCCAAAAUUGUCACAAAGAAAAUUCCUGUUCUUCCAGUUAAAUCAAAAAAUACCAAAAAGGUCAUAUUACAAAGUAACUCUCAAACAGGACGUUUUACUAGAUCAAAUAAAUCAACACCAAAAAUAUCUCAGCGUCCAACUCGAAAAACCAAAGAGGCUGCUGCAUUGUAUAUGGAAAUGUUAGGAAGAAAAUUAUCGGUGCUAGAAAAUGAGGCAGAUGACGAAACAUUGUCAAUUGAUAGUUUCCCAGAGUUACCAAACGUAAAACGUGCUGUACAACGUGAAAAUGAAAUUAAAGCCCAAAAUAAGGGUGCAAGUAAAAUUGUGACAAGAAAUAGUAUAGAUAAUAACUCAUUAAAAUCGAAAACUGAGAUGAAAAAUGAAAAAGAAAAACCAAUUCUUCGUUUACGUCGUAAUAAGAAGACUUUAGUAGCUAAAAAAUCGACUAAUUUAAAACAAAUUCAAAUCGCUAGACCAAAACGUCUUCAAAAAAAGGAAUUAAAUGUUAAAUCUGGUGAAUCAACUCGAAAUUUACCAGAGCGACCAAGAAGAUUAGUUGUAAUGAAGAAUAAUUCGAAGAAAAUGCAAAAAACACCGAUGAGAUUACGAAGGCAAGAAGUUGUAAAAACGGAAUUAAAGAAAAAAAAUAUUGCAUUAAAAAAACUUCAAGAAAAGAAGAAAAAAAUUCAAGCUAAGAAAGCAGUAACUCCCUUAAAAAGUGAUAGUGAAGAUAGCGAUGUUCCAAUUUUGGCAAUACUUGAAGUGAAAGCUAAUUCUGCUGUAAAAAAAGACGACGAUAAAGAAUCAGUUAAAUCUAAAGAAAAAUCAAUAGAAAUAGAAGAGGCCUUAAAGUCAAACAAAAAACUAUUAGAGGAACCACUCAAGUCGAAGAAAAUACAAUUAGAAGAGACAAUAAGUUCGAAAAAAAUACUAUUAGAAGAACCACUAAAGCCGAAGAAAAUUCAAUUAGAAGAGCCGCUAAAUUCGAAGAAAAUACAAUUAGAAGAACCUCUUAAGUCGAAAAAAAUACUGUUAGAAGAGCCGCUUAAGUCGAAGAAAAUACAAUUAGAAGACCCACUUAAGUCGAAGAAAAUACAAUUAGGAGAGCCGCUUAAGUUGAAGAAAAUACAAUUAGAAGAGCCGCUUAAGUCGAAGAAAAUACAAUUAGCAGAGCCAUCAGCUAAAGUUGACGAAGACGUUAAAAAUGAUAAUUUUAGUGAUUCAGAUGAAGAACCUUUAGCAAGCAAAAUAAAAAAUGAUACGUCUGAAUGUAAUUCAAAAAUAAAAUCAAUUACCGAACGAUUAUCGAUUGAUGAAAAAUUGAAAGCAAAAUCAGAAAGCGGUAGUUUAAAGGAAGAUCAAAGCGAACGUAGAUCAAAUACUAGUUUGAAAGAAGAUAAGAAAGAUCGAAAAUCAAAUGCUAGUUUAAAAGAAGAUCAACUAGCUAUUAUAAAGGAAGAUCAACUAGCUAGUUUAAAGGAAGAUCGAAGGUCAAAUAGCAGCCUAAAGGAAGAGAAUAUAUGUAAAAAAGAUAACACCGACGAGAGAAAGAUAAAAGAUUUGAAAAAUACAAAGAAAAAAGAGUUUGAUGAAAGUUCUAACUUUAAUUUAUUACCCAGCUGUAGCACAACUCGAUCAACUACAUUAGAUAAUGGAUCUGAUUUUCUUUGUAAAGAUAUUGGGCGACGUUUUGGUAAAGGAAAAGUAAAUAUGUCAAACGAACAAAUUGAAAAAUGGUUAAAUGAUGCCGAUGAAGAGCUUAAAAAAGAAUCAAUUAAAAAAUCAAGUUCCACCGAAACAAUAUUUAAAUUUGAUGAUAAACCCGAUUUUAAUGAAUCAGAAAUUAAAACUGAAUCAAUUGUAAAUUUAAGUGACGAUAAUAAAACAGUAACACCUGAAAAACGGCCAAUUUUUCAACAAAGAAGACCAAUUAUUAAUAAAAUGAAAGAGAGGAAAGAGAAAACCCCAAGUGCAACGGCUUUCUCUCCCGAUAAUGAAAGUAGUGUUUAUGCCUUCGAAGCUGAAUCUGAAAUGCCAAUUAAUACACCAUUUCGGCGACAUUAUCGACGUCCAUCUAGUACAACUUCCAAAUCAGAAGAUGAAGCUGCUAAAAUUACAUCUGAAGAUGAAUCGAAGAAGUUAACAUCAACUAAAUUCCGUAUACCAACAGUAUUUCGACACGAUGAUGUAAAAAAUAGUUCAAAUAACCAACAAUUAUCUUUAACUCUCGGAGCUGAUGAUAGCUCAAAUCAGUGUGCUUCUAUUGCAGUGCAAGUUGAUUUAACUGGAAAUUUAAAUGAGAAUUUGGGUAUUUCUUCAGAAUGUCCAACAACACCUGAUAUGGGUGAUGAAUCUGAUGGACAUCUGUUUUAUAUUCCUCUUCAAACCGGAAAGCAAUCAUCCACAGAUCAACAAGUCAUACAAGGUGUUGCUGUUAAAUUAGGAACGACUGGACCGAAUGGUCCAAAUCAACGUGUAAUUAUGCAAGCAAAACUUGUCACAAAACCUACUAAUCCGAAUCAAGCAACUGUGUUUGCAAAUAAAUCUUUAUUGCCUCAACAAAAUCGUGCAUCUUCUAUGUAUCCGCCAGUAGGGACAGUCCAACCAUUUCGAUCAAAACCUUCUGAAGCAGUUAAGCCUAUGAUGAAAACCGAAGUUCGUUCGACCAGUGAUCAUUCACUUUCUAGUGACGAUAUUAAAAUUGAUCGAUUUAAAACAAUUCCAACAUCACCUAGUGCAUCAUCUUCUUCAAGCGCUCAUGUAAUUAAGCGUUCAAAUAAAAUUCGACCUCGAAAUUUAAUAGAAUCUCCAUCACCAGCGGUAGUAACAACUUUCCCCAGCCAAUUGAGCCCAGCACAAAUUGUUGAGGCACCUACAUUUCACCCGACAGAAAAAGAAUUUCAAGAUCCUCUCGAAUACAUUGAUAAAAUUCGUCCAAUGGCAGAAAGUUUCGGUUUAUGUCGAAUAGUUCCUCCACAAGGAUUUAAACCAGAAUGUAAAGUAAGCGAUGACAUGCGCUUUACCGCUUAUAACCAAUAUGUGCAUAAAAUGUUGUAUAGAUGGGGGCCUAAUUUCCGAGAAUUAACUGCGAUAAAAAAAUAUUUAGCCACUCAAAAUAUUACAUUGAAUCAAGCACCUUGGAUUGGUGGAAUGGAAGUGGAUUUACCGCGAUUGUAUCAAACUGUUCAAUCAUUAGGUGGGUUAAAAGAAGUAAUAGAAAAGAAGAAAUGGCCACGUGUUGCUGAAUCAAUGCGGAUACCAAAGUCAGCUCAAGAUCGAGUUACAAAAUUAGAUGAUAUUUAUUGCAAAUAUUUAUUACCAUAUGAUACACUUUCAACUACCGAACGACAAAAAUUAUUAAAUGAAGUAGACGCAGCUUGGGAAAAACAACAGAAAAAAGCAAAUAAUGAACAACUACAAACCAAAGAAAACGAUACCGAUCUCAGUUCUGAAGGUGAUUCUGUUGACGAUGCCGAAGAUGCUGAAUGUAUAGUACGUGGUCGUAGUAUGGCGCUAAGUGCAUUUUAUCGUAUUGCACGUAAUACGAUGGCAAUGUGGUUUAAAACAAACGAACCGACUGUAGCUGAAGUAGAACAUGAAUUUUGGAAACAUGUAAAUAUGCGUACAAAUCAUUUAUGUGUACAUUCUGGAUCAAUUGAUUCUGGUGGAUAUGGAUAUGGAUUUGUAUGUUCAAAAAGUAGUCCAUUCGCUCGACAUCCUUGGAAUUUAAAAGUGUUAACUAAUAAUACCGGCUCGAUUCUACGUUCAAUGGGCCCUAUUAUGGGUGUAACAGUACCUACAUUGCAUGUUGGUAUGGUAUUUAGUGCUUGUUGUUGGUACAGAGAUCCACAUGGAUUACCAUGGAUCGAAUACUUACAUACGGGCGCUAGUAAAGUUUGGUAUGGUAUUCCAGGAUCUUUAAAUACAGUUUUUCGACAAACUGUAAAUAAAUUAAUACCAAAUGUAUGUCGAAAAACACCGGUGUGGUUACCAUCUGAUACUGCAAUGAUACCACCAAGUUUAUUAGUUAGUAAUAAUGUUUCGCUAUGUCGAACUGUUCAAGAACCUGGUCAAUAUAUAGUCAUAUUCCCGAAUGCGUUUACAUCAAGUUUAUGUACAGGUUAUACAGUCUCUGAAAGUGUAUUUUUUGCUCAAACAAGUUGGUUAGAAAAUUCUGAAUCAAUAUUUUCUGAAUUAAAAGAAAGUUGUGAACCAUCUAUGUUUUCAUUAGAACGCUUAUUAUUAAGUAUGGCUGUGGAUACUCGAUGUACCGUUGAUAUAUUAAAACGAAUUUUAUCUGGUGUACAAAAUAUUCGUGAUAAAGAAUCGGUUGGUCGUGAUAAAUUACGACAAUUAGGGGUAACAAUUCAUGAACGUUUACCACAAUCGCAAAAGAAAAAGAAGAAAGCCGAUACGGAUGGUGAAUAUUUAUGUGAAGUUUGUAAAAGUAAUUUGUAUGUAUCACUUGUUACUGAAAUACAAGAUGACGAAGUAUUUUGUUUACAACAUGCGGCUGAAUAUAUUACAAGUAAUAAAAUUGCAACAAGUGAAUGUAAAUUAAUGUAUACGUACACAGAAGAGGAACUGUGUGAGAUCGUAGAUCGUGUUAUAAAUGCUAUUGAUACAAAACCACAAAAGAAACAACGCUCUACUAUAUGAGAAUUUUUUUAUUAAUAAUAAAUUGAAGAAAUAAUUGAGUAAGAAGGCAAUAGACUGUAAUUCGAGGGAUAAGUUUUUUAUAUCGAUUGCAAGUUGACUGUUAUUAAAAACUGUAUAUCGUGUUUUGCUCCUCAAUUGUAAAACUGAGAUAAAUAAUAGACCUAUGGACAGGUUAUAUUUUGGCAACUUAUUUUAACAAUGACAGAAAUUUGGGAUGCUGUUUUUAAGAACGAGUCUGUUUUGUUGCUUCCUAUUCGAUAAAUUUCAUAGGCGGGGGCUCUGAAAUAGAACUAUCCGUUCGUCCGUUCAUUAGAUUUUUGUAGAGGAAAAAGUUAUUAGGCGCGACUUUUUCAACAACCGUUCAAAUUUCCGCACUUGUUAAAAUGAAUUGCCAAAAUGUAUAUACGCAGACUAUAAAGUUUCUUAGAUCUUAUUCUUGAAUAUGCUUAAUAUUUUAGAAGGGCUGUUUACUAAAUAAAACUGCCUUAUAUGCUGUAGCGUAAGUUUAUAAUCAUGAAUUUAAAACACGGGUCGGUAAAUUAUAGCAACAAAAUUGAGUUCAUGUAUCAAUUAGCUAUCAAUCUGUCUGAAGUUAUCUGGAAUGGAAAUUUCAUUUUAUGUGAUAACAUAGAAAAACUUUAUUGAAAAUAAAGCAGCUAUGUCAAUUAUAUAUGUCACCGUAAUAUUUAAUUUCCGUCAGAUUAUAAACUAACCAGUAAAAUUGUAAAUUUGACUUCCAAAAAAGGACCAAAAACCACCCCAAGCCGUGCUAACUCGACCCAGACCAACUAAUCAUAAAGAGUUGAUUUUCGUUAAAAAGUGUUGAAUUAGCGCUAGUUUAAAGUAAUUUAUAUUCGAUUUACAAUCUUACGUUGAUAUAUAUAUUAUGUAACCAUGGAAAACAGGCAUUAUAUUUACAAUUUAUUAUUAGGAUAAUCAUUUUGUUAUGCGACAACCAAUGGCUUAAAAUAACUAUGAUAACAGGAUUAAACUUUGUUUCAGCAGGCGUAGAAUAAAUAUUUGGAUAUUACGAAACCAUAGUAAAUUACAACAACUAUUAAAAUAUCUGAAUGAACUGUCUAAUAUAAAAUAGCCCGCUCUUUUAAUGGUCUCGCCAUUUCAUAGACCACUACUGUUUUUUUUUACUAUUAAAGCCAGCUUAUAACUGCCAUAUUGACUGCUUGACGUCAUUAGUAAUUUUCUCAAUACAAUAUAUUAAUUUAUAACAGUGAAUCAAAUAGCAUAAAAACUGCCAAUCUACUAAUGCCCCCUUGUUAUAGACAUAUUUCGCCAAGAAAUAUUAGAGGAGAAAAUAAUUUAACCGACCUGUUCGUUCUUCAGAAUGAUAUAAAAAUGUUUAAAAGAAAAAAAUUGAAUUUUGUAACAUGAAAGUUGGGAUCAAUUCGGAAUUUCUUUCCAUGCAAUCGGCGAUAAUUUACAUUUAUCGUAAUAUAUAAAUUAAAAAUUUUAACAUCGACUGGACACAGUAUACAAAUGCAAA